AAAUUCAAAGGAGAAUCUGGGCAUCUGGGCAUGCCGUCCCUCGCGCCCGAGCCGCGGGCCAUGGCAUCGCCAUCGCGUCUCGCGCGCGCUCCCCGUCCCAGCCCCACCCCGGCGUCCUCCUCCGUCGCCGCCGCGCUCCUCGCCUCCGCCUCGGCCCUCCCCGCGCGCCGCUUCCUCCAGCUGCACGCGCACCUCCUCCGCACGGGCCUGCUCGCGCUCUCCCCCAGCGCCCCCGCCUUCCUCUCCCUCGCGGCCGCCUCCCUCCCGUCCCACCGCGCGCUCGCGGUCCUCGACCACCACCUCACUGCCCCGCCCUCUCUCCCCUCAACCUUCAAGUGCAACUCCAUCCUCCGCGCCCUCUCCGACCCCGCCGACGCGCUCCGCUUCCUCCGCCGCAUGCGCGCGCUCGGCCGCCGCGGGAACGCCUUCACGCUCGCCAUCCUCCUCACGCCCCGUUGCGGCCCGGCCCACGCGCGCCAGCUCCACGCCAACGCCGUCGCCGAGGGCCACCUCCGCGACGCCCUCCUGGCCACCUCGCUGAUGAGGUGCUACGCGAACGGCGGCGACGGGGACGGCGCGCGGAAGCUGUUUGACGAAAUGCCGGUGCGGGACACGGUCGCGUGGAACGUCCUGAUUGCCAGCUGCGCGAGGAACCGGCGGACGAAGGACACGCUGAAGCUGUUUGAGGAGAUGAGGGCAAGGGAGGGCGAGGUGCAGCCGGACGACGUCACCUGCAUCCUGCUCCUCCAGGCGUGCACGACGCUGGGUGCGCUCGACUUCGGGGAGUGGGUGUGGGCGUACGCGGAGGAGCGUGGCUACGGGGGCGAGCAGAAGGUGCGCAACUCGUUGAUCGCGAUGUACUCGAGGUGCGGGUGUGUGGAGAAGGCGUACUGGGUGUUCCGCAAGACUCCUCAAAAGAGCGUGGUCUCGUGGAGCGCGAUGAUCUCGGGUUUGGCAGCGAAUGGAUUUGGGGAGGAUGCUAUCUCGUCGUUUGAGGAGAUGAUUAGGUCAGAUGUUGCUCCUGAUGAACAGACUUUUACCGGCGUGCUUUCCGCGUGUAGCCAUAGUGGGCUGGUUGAUGAAGGUUUCAGGUUUUUUGAUAUGAUGCGCUGUGAGUACCGAUUGAAGCCAAAUGUUCGCCACUACGGGUGCAUUAUUGACCUGAUGGGCCGUGCUGGCUUGCUUGAUGAGGCUUAUGAGCUUGUAACAAAGGAGAUGAGGGUUGCACCAGAUGCGACGAUUUGGCGAACACUUCUUGGUGCCUGCCGAAUCCAUGGCCAUGUUGAUCUUGGGGAGCGUGUGAUCAGUCAUCUGAUUGAACUGAAGGCACAGCAAGCUGGGGACUAUGUUCUAUUGCUGAACACAUAUGCAGCAGUUGGGGAUUGGAACAAGGUAGCAGAAGUCAGGAAGUUGAUGAAGGAAAAAGGAAUACAAACUACACCUGGCUGCACAACUGUAGAGCAUAAUGGUGAGGUUCAUGAGUUUAUUGCUGAUGAUGAUGCGCAUCCAAGAAAGGUGGAGAUUUAUGAUAAACUCAAUGAGAUAAACAGGCAUUUAAGGAUUGCCGGUUAUGUUCCAAAUGUGUCAUCGGAGUUGCAUGAUUUGGAUUCAGAAGGGAAGGAAAGUGCCCUCACCUAUCACAGUGAAAAGCUGGCAAUUGCUUUUGCUCUCCUUGUGACGCCGCAGCACAGACCAAUACGGCUUGCGAAGAAUCUUCGUGUCUGUGUAGAUUGCCACAAUUUCACAAAGGUGUUUUCUGGUAUUUAUAAACGAUUAGUUAUUGUCAGGGACAGAACACGAUUCCAUCAUUUUGAGGGAGGAAAGUGUUCGUGCAAUGAUUACUGGUAGUCCAUUCUUGCUUGUAUGUUGCAUUUGCAGCGCAUCACAGGAAUAUGAAGUUUACCACACACAUACAUUGGAUACCAGUGCAACACUGAAUGCUGCAAUUGGCAGCCUUGAGGUCAUAAGCACUUAAUGGGCUCUAAUAUGAUGAUAGGUAUGUUUUCACACAAGUGACAAGUGGGUUAUGGCCUGUCUGCUGUCAUCAGUAGUUAAAGUACUACUAUCAACACCUAAGAAUAAGGCCCAAGAAAAUAUAUCAACAUACCAGGCCUUCACAAUAGGACUGCAGAUGCAGCCAUAUCACUAUAUCAGUAUUCAGAUCUUGCCAACAACUGCAAUAUCCAAGAGAACCAAGACACAGAUAUUGACUAAUUAGAAGGGUCAUUUAUACUGAUUGACCCGUGGCCGAAGGCUUUGGAAUCAAAUUGCAGGAGGUCAAUUCGCUGACCCCAGCGCCAACAUCCACAUCUUUGAAAGUUGAUGAGUGUUGAUGUGAUGGCAGAUGGCCCGUGUCCGACGGCUUUGGAAUCAAAUUGCGGGGGGUCAAUUUGGUUAGCAUAUUUUAUUUCCCAUAUAUCUUAACUUCAUAUUAGGAAUGAUGGGUUCAUGCUAGACUAGGAAACAUGGGUCAGGUCCGGUGAUCCCAGCUGCUCGCAAAGCCGAUGGAUGUUUAGUUCUCCUUCUCCUUGGACGUCUGAAGUCUGAACACCAUUGGCUCCCAGGUCUGAACAGGGAAACAAACAGCGACCUCAGCGGAUAUCCGGAGCACAGUGGAAUAUCCUCGUGAAGAAGGUUCCUGUUUGAUGUCUCCCGGUUCGGCUGCCAUCAAUCCUCGAUCCUCGAUUCAGGCAUGUAUCCAUCCAUUGGCUGUUGAUCAGAGUUAGCCUUGCUUCGGCAAGCCUAUCAUGGAUCGUACUGUGAUUGACGAAAUGCACAUGCUCUUUGACCAAAAUCUCUGAUAGAGUCUAGUUAGGUCAUUAGGUGCCCUUAACUAAGGUAGGGAGAUGCUUUCGUUGCCACGCAAAUGCUGGCGCAUAUCUGCACGCAAACUGCAUCGCAUCUUCGGUGUACUUUUAGACCUUAUCUUUUUUCAGAGAGAUUAUAAGGCUUUUAAUGAA